UUGUAGACUAGGUUACGCUGUUGCUGUCCGUUUGGUUUCUAGGGUUUUCUGUGGCGCUGAUCGAUCGACUAGAUCGCGGAGCGCCGGCAGCGCGUCACAGAUCACCGGGUUCUGGCACCGCCAGCAAUUAGAGCAAUGAAAUCGAGCGCGCGCGCGAUUGUGAGGUAAUUCGCAGGGGGAAUGCGCUGGAUUUUGGUGUGAAUGCGCAGGCGAUUGGUAUUCUCGCGAAUCGCCCGCGCUUGGAAGAAACCAUAGCCAAGAGAAAUGUAGUGUUUCGCUGAGUGAUGAAAUCCCUGGGUAUUAUGGAUUCCUGCCGGAGCAGCCAGGUCCAUGCGGAUGUUUGCGUGGAUAAGGCCACAUUCGACCCCAGAUUGCCUCUCAAGGCCGGCUCUAAGGCGGAUGGAGAGUCCUGUUCAUAUAGCGGAUUGUCCGUUUCUCAGUUAGCGGAUCCUCCCAUUCAACCGUAUUACAAGCCCGUGGACUACGUCGACACUCUCGGCCAAGUCCACCAAGAGCUAGAAGUUUCGCCCGAUCAUGACAAGUCCAGACUCUACUUGGAGCAGUCGUUUGUUUUCAGAGGCUUGGGUGAGCUCAAGCUGCUCCGGCGAAGCCUCCGAUCAGCCUGGCAGCACGCGACGUCAACUCACGAGAAGCUUGUGUACGCGUCAUGGUUAAAGUAUGAAAGACGAGAGGAAGAGCUGGAUAGCAAGUCAGCCGACUGCUGCGGCGUUGGCAAGCUAGAUCUUCCACAACUGGAGGGUGCGGAUGAUCUGCUGCAAGCUUGCUCAACGUCUGGCUCACAUGACGACGAUAUCGUUUUUCUCUUCGGAUCAGAGCGGGUCCACUGCAACAGGCAAAAGAUUGCAGCAUUAUCAGCCCCGUUUUACGCAAUGCUAAAUGGCUGCUUCACGGAAUCUCAGACUCGUGCCAUUCAGUUUUCCGAGAAUGGCAUUUCGGUUGUGGGGAUGAAAGUGGUGGAUACUUUCAGCAAGACAGGGACGCUGGGUCGACUGCCGCCUAAGAUUAUUUUGGAAGUUCUGUCGUUUUCAAACAGGUUUUUUUGCGAGAGGAUGAAAGUUGCUUGCGACCAAAGCUUAGCAGCUCUUAUACACAACCUGGACGAUGCUAUAGCGUUCGUCGACUAUGGAUUGGAGGAAACUGCACAGGUACUUGUUGCUACAUGCUUGCAAGUUUUUCUAAGGGAGCUGCCUUUAUCUUUGCGGAAUCCGAACGUCUCGAAACAUUUCUGCAACGCGGAGUCUAGGAAGAGAUUUAUCGCAGUGGGGCACUCGUCUUUUGCGUUGUACGCUCUACUGAGCCAGGUGGCUAUGGAAGACGAUAUCAGCUCUCAACUCUCCGCCAGCCUUCUCUGUCAGCUCAGGGAUUGUGCGUCGUCAUUUCGGCAGAGAGCUCUAGUGUAUCACCAGCAGGGCUGCGUGAUGCUGGCCAGGAAGCAAUACAAGGAAGCACUCGAGUUCUUCCAAGCGGCUGCUGAAGAAGGCCAUGCCUACUCUUGCGCUGGGAUCGCCAGAGUAAAGUUGAAGUGUGGGGACAAACAGGCUGCUUUCAAAGAGACUACCUGCUUGAUAACUUGCUACAAGGCUUGUGGCUGGAUGUACCAGGAAAGAUCUCUAUACGGCAGCGGGAAAAUGAAGAUGGCCGAUCUCGACAAGGCAACCGAGCUCGAUCCGACAUUGACAUAUCCUUAUAAGUACCGAGCUGCUGCCUUGAUGGACGAUCACAAAGUGGUGGAAGCUAUAGCAGAGAUCAAUCGGGUUUUAUGCUUCAAGGUGACUCCUGAUUGCUUAGAGCUACGAAUUUAUUUCUGCCUUGCACUGCAAGACUACGACGGAGCAGUGCGAGAUAUUCGAGCUCUUUUGACUCUCGAUCCAGCUUAUAUGAUGUACACUGGUCGUGUUAGCGCAGCGCAACUUUUGGUGCUCUUGAGCGAGCACGUCGACCAAUGGACAAAGGCAGACUGCUGGAUGCAGCUAUAUGACAGGUGGUCUUCUGUAGAUGAUAUUGGCUCGCUUGCGGUUGUUCAUCAAAUGCUGGAAACGGAUCCUGGAAAAGGCCUUCUUUACUUCAGGCAAUCACUUCUCCUGCUCAGAUUAAGCUGUCCGAAAGCUGCAAUGCGGAGCUUGAGACUUGCGCGGGAGCAUACGACGAGCGUUCCUGAAAGACUAGUGUACGAGGGCUGGAUUUUAUAUGAUACCGGCCAUCGGCAGGAAGCCUUGCAAAAAGCAGAAGAAUCCAUCAGCAUUCACCGGUCGUUUGAGGCCUUUUUCCUGAAAGCUUAUGCGUUGGCAGAUACUAGCCUGGAUCCAGAAUCGUCAACCAAGGUUAUAAACCUUUUAGAAGAAGCAUUGAGAUGUCCAUCAGAUGGACUCCGGAAGGGUCAGGCGUUAAACAACUUGGGAAGUGUCUACGUCGAUUGUGGCAAGUUCGACUUGGCUGCCGAUUGCUACGUAAGUGCCCUCAAGAUCCGUCACACACGAGCACAUCAGGGCCUCGCACGGGUGCACUUCCUCCAAGGUGACAGGAAGUCCGCCUACGAUGAGAUGACGAAGCUGAUAGAAAAAGCAUGCAACAAGGCCUCGGCUUAUGAGAAACGCUCCGAGUACUGCGAACGGGACAUUGGCAUUUCAGACUUGAAUAUGGUGACGAAAAUUGAUCCGCUUCGUACCUAUCCAUACAGAUAUCGAGCCGCAGUGUUGAUGGAUAACCACAGAGAACAGGAAGCUAUAGCAGAACUUUCAAAAGCCAUUGCCUUCAAGGCCGACCUUCAGUUACUACACUUGCGUGGAGCUUUUUACGAAUGCGUGGGUGAUGUUGCGGCAGCACUCCGCGACUGCCGGGCCGCCUUGUCUGUGGAUCCACACCACACCGACACGCUCGAGCUCCAGAACAAAGUCAUGCAAGUCCGGGCGUGAAAGCACUCCGUGUACCACUACUGCUACAACGUCUACAAGCUUAGGAAAUGUACAAUGAUCGGCACUUUGAUGAUCGUCUAUCUCGUCUGCUCAACACCUUGCUACUUUUUAGCUUAUAGCUGGAGAGACACCAAACGGCGCCUUGUCCCUCCAGCGAAGUUUGCAAACUGGUAAAUGUAUCAUUCACAAUAAGCAGAUUCAAUUUAUUCUUUACGUUCCCUUUUC